AUGUCAGAAUCUGUCUGCAGUCCCUUUCUCUUCACACGGAAUAUCCCCAACCUCUUCCAGUUUGAGCCAACGUGUGUUCUAUUCGAAGCCUACUCCACGGUUUAUUAUCAAUCGCAUCUGUCUUGUAUCUCCUUCGUCUCUCAGAUGACGUCAGCAUCAAUGGAGCGGUCUGACUCGAGCUUCAUUUUUGUGGAGAGUGUUCGAGGCAAGCUUGAGAGUAGAGAACGCAAGAUCGUUCGUCGUUACUGUAUGAGAGGGAAGAAUACGAAACCUGACACGAAAAAGAACUUGGAUCGUAAGAGGUAUGGCCUUCCUUCUGCAGCCGAAAAGCACAUGUCCUCUUUCGAGGUACGGGCACCAGUGGACUGCAGCCCUCAAACUACAUGUACCGAUGCUGCUGGCAACAAGCGUAACCCUUUUCCGCCCACUGUCCGAGUAACUGGGGAGAAGCUAUCCAAGCAGAUCAUCUCCAAGCUAUGGUUUCCAUUCCCGGAUUUCACUAGUGAAGACACCGCGGCUUCAUUCUCCGUCAUCUACAACAACCUCCCUUGUAUAAUGCGGGCUUUCACGAUUUGUGACUUCUCUGUUACCCUCCGAUCCCAGCCUUCACCAUGGCACGAUUGGUUUUUCCUCGACGACACAUAUGCCCAUUCUUCCAUGAUUUUUGCCUGUGCCGUGUCUGAAAAUGUCAUACAACGUGGCCCCUCUCAGCUAAGGAUGUUUCACACAAGUCGGGCCAUACGCCAAGUGAACACGGCAUUAUCCGAUUCCACCUUGUUCAUGAAGAAUUCAAACAUCGCUGCCGUUAUCUGUCUCGCAUUUGCGUCUUUCGUUUCUCAUGACUAUCACGCUACGGCCUCACAUGCGACGGGGCUACGCCAAAUUGUCUUGUUACGGGGAGGCAUCGAGAAUUUCGAACAAGUCCUGCAGCUAUUGGUUGGAAUGAGUCGAAUUGACCUGUGUCUCUCUCUUGCUGUUGGACACCAUGCUAUCUUCACUAGCAAUCCCCUACCCCGCCUUGAGACCUGUGAAGCAGAAUCGUCAGGGUUUUACGCUCUAAUCCCCCCAAUCCUUGUAUACGAGAGAUCUAUUAGCCAUCUCGUAGACCUCAGGAUCUCCACUAUCUUUCAACAGCUGCAGAAAUUUGCCUUUGACUUGAAUAAUUUCACUUCUGGUGGCAAGGCCGUGUCAGAGGAAGACGUCUACCGACACUUGAUUUCGGCUCAGUAUGACCUCUUCGAACUUGACAAUCAGUGCGAGAGUAUCCUUGACGAGUGUGUGCGAAUGACCCUGUUAGUAAUGCUGGCUUCCGUUUUCCAAGUGCACAACGACCUGAAAGUGCAGUAUGAUUUUGCUGCAAGUCGGUUGCAAGACCUUUGCCUUCAGGUUGACUUAUCUAACCCGGCUGUUCGGGAACUCAUGGUUUGGAUCCUCAUGAUGGGGGGGCUAUCGGUCUUCAAUUGUGAUGAUGCGUGGUUGAGAGAUAAGUGGCGGGUAGUGUUGGAAGAC